AAAAUAUUUUCUUCACCUUUGAACUGAGAAUUCUACUUCACAACUGUGUAACAAAUAAUCUUCCUCAUUUUAAUUUUCUUACAUACCUAAGUUGUAUGUGAAUCAGUACUCUAAUAAUUGUGAGAUUUUAGUUGAGAUACCAGUAUGCAUUGCAGAUAUUUCUUGCUUCUAGUCAAAGCUAAUAAUUAGGUAGUCAAAAUUUACCUGUUAUUUCUUCAUUUUCCUCUACAGAUUUUUGCUCAUUAAUCCAUUACAAUGUCAAACAAACGUCGAAUAUCUAAUUAUCUUUUAAAAUUUAAUGGAAGAAACUGCAAUGUUAGUUUGGACCAUAUCAGUCAACAUGUUCCACCUUCUGAUUCCAAUCAAUCCUCUCUAUCUUUUAAAAGUGUCAUCUGUGUGCCAAUUAUUAACCAAACCGUUGAUGAAAAAACUACAGAAAAAUCUGACAAUGUGACAGAACUGAAAAAUUUUAAGCUCAGUGGCACAAAGGAUGAAAAUUUAGACAAGGUAGAUACAACUUUGGCACCCACAUUAACAAAAUUAAAACUGCAUUCUUCAACACAUUCGAACAGUUUGGCUGAUGUAAUUUCAGUAGCACCUCCAGAGCAGCUUCUUCAGAGAGGAGGAGUAAAAUCCUUACCAGAAUUUCAUCCUGUAAACCAAUUUAACCAAACUUCUAUUAUGAUCAGUGGACUUUCAUCUUCAAAGCAUGCAUCUGGAGGAUACAGAAAAAGUAAUUUAUCUGCUGCAACCAAAUUGAGGCAAGAUGUUGCAAAAAUUUCCCACAGAGAUAUUAAAGACACAGAUGCUACUGCAAUGGCUAUCACGCAGUGGACUAGUAAGAAUGUGCAGCAUAUUGUGAAAACUGACUCAGGCAUGGGAGACAAGAAUAAUAUUGACACUCGAGUGACUUGACAUCUUCUUCCACUUCCUGUUAAGAAAUCUUCAUGUCCUGCUAUCAGUUCCUGUGUAAUGUCUACUUUUAAUAUAAAUCGCAGAUGUGAGCUUCUUUCACUGCCUUCUACUAAUGUGCUUGGCCAAAGUUUCUUCCCAUCUUCAGUUGCGGAUGGAAAAAAUGCUUAUUCCUCAAUGCCUUAUUCCAAUGCUUCAACCACUCAUUAUAUUGCAAAUAAUUCUGAUACUUUUAUCUCCAAAGAAGUAAAAUCCAAGAGAACCUUUAGAAAAUGUUCCACUUCCUCUCAGUCAAUAUCAUCAAAUACUUUGACAGUUGAUGAAAAUGCCUCCACUGUUGUUUCUACAAAUGCACAUUCAGAGAGAACAAAAAUGAAAGAAUCCAUUCCGCCACUACUCCUUGAAUCCAAGUCUGCAAAAGCACCAAAGAAGAGUAGUGCUCUAUUGAAAAUAAAAGCCAUGUCCAAUGAGGCUACUUGCUCUAAUGGUCCAAAAAAUGGAAUUGCAAAGAAAGCAAAGAAAAGAGUCAUAAAAACUCAGCAAGAUUAUUCAAAUGAAUUGGACAGCUGGGCUCUAUUAGACCAGAAUCCUAUGAUUGUUUACUUUGAUUUGGAAACUACAGGACUUGCUUAUUCACAUGAGAUUGUUCAGAUUGCCUGUGUUUGCUCAAGUUUGGAUCUUGAUGGUGGAAAUCCCGAGUCUAUCUUUAAUGCCUAUGCCCUGCCUGAUGGGGACUUUGACCCUAUGGCUAGUUCAGUUACUGGCCUCACUAAGCAAAAGGAAGCACUCUUCUUGAAUGGGACUCGUGUGCCAUCAACAAGUCUCUCUGAGUGCCUGGCAGCGUUUGUGUUGUGGCUGCGGGUGCUGGGCAGGCCUGUGCUGCUCUUGGGGCACAACAGCAAAAGCUUUGAUGCCCCACGGCUGCUGCUUGCUCUCUGGAACUGCCAACUUUUGCAUGCCUUCCAAGACUUAGUUUAUGGCUUCUCAGACUCACUCCCGUGGGCCCGAAAAAUGAACCCCAAGCAAAGCAACUUCAAGCUUGAAGUUCUAUCAGAACUCUACUGCCCUCGGGGCAUGUCUACAGCAACACAUAAUGCCAUCGAGGACUGCCUUGCAUUGCAAGUCGUCGUGCACAGCAUGGCAGGGUUGCCUGCUGCUAAACUGCCCCUGUCAUAUCGUGAUGGAAAGACUAACAUCUGCAACAAACAUAAGGGGAAUAGUGAAAGAAUUAAUUACAAACAUGAGAGUAAGGGAAAGAAUGUAGGGGAAAAAAUGUCUCAUUCAGUUGGCUUUGCAACUCCCAAUGGGAAUGGGUUUCAUGAUGCUCAAGCCAUGUUUGUGGAAGGGACCAGCGCUGACCACAUUGUACUGUCCAAUAAUGAACUAUUCUCCGAUGAUAUCCUCCAAAAUCCUGAUAAAAUUAAUCUUCUGGAAAGUUUGGAGCCCUUCGUGUUUUCCAUAGAAAGCGUUAUGAAGUUGCUGAAAAAGAGCGUGCGUGGAAAAGCUUUCCUGAGUCUCACAGGAUCUUAAACUAUGACCAGUUUUUGUCAUAUUUCUUGCAUGUAACACAAGACUUUGGUUGUCUGUGAGAAUACUUGACUUGGUUUGUCUGCAUACAAUUUAUUCUUGCUGCCUGCGUAACUCAUAUUUUUCACUUCUAUGUCACAACUUUGCUACAAUUUAUUCUUGCUGCCUGCGUAACUCAUAUUUUUCACUUCUAUGUCACAACUUCAUUUAUUUUUAGUAAAAUUAGAAUUUGAGUGUUCAAUUAACUGAAUGGAUUAUUCAACUUAUAUAAGAAUGUGUUUAUAAAAAUAAGGGUAGGCGUGAAGUUGAGAGGCAAUAUUAUCAAUUCUGUUGAUUUGAACGGCGACAAUAAUUUUUUUAGCAAUUAUUAAUUAUCUGAACUUAAAUAUUGAUAUUAGUUCACUGCGUAUUUUGAAUCUUCAAUUUUUCUAUGUGUCUAUAUUAAGUUUUUUCUGAUGGGUACUUUCUACCGCACCCAGUUUCCCGUUCGUUCUGGUAGUUUGUUCUGAAUUUUUACAGUAUAUCGUCUCCCUGCAUAUAACUUUAAUUUACUAAUCAAUCACUGGUUUAAAUACUAGCUAUUUCAUGUCGAUAUGUGUAUUGACGAAUUAAUACUGGUGCAGAAUAAUUUUUCAAAUACAAUCGUGCAGUAGGUUAUAUGAGAUCAAGCUUAGAUAGCUUGGGCUUUCUUACGCGCAAGUUUUGCCUCAUUUUUGCUCACGAACGUCUGGUUUACAUAUCGAUUUCAAAUGUUCCCAUUAUCUUAACUUGCGCCUUCUUAUUGGCUCUUAUUUAGUAGUUGCAUUGUACUACGUACGAUGAUUGGUACUAAUGGAAUUCUUGAAUCGCUUAGUUUUCAUUACAAUACGAUUGUGUAAGAUCGUGACCACUUCAUAUUCUUCCAUUUAAAGAGGCGUCAUGUAAUCUUCAUUUAUAGAAUGCGUGGAAGCUUCAAUUUUAAUCUACUGCUCAAUUGGAAGGUGGUUAGUGUUUUAGUCUUGACUAAGGAUGAAUUCUGUCUUCUAAUUAAUAUGUUUGUCAUUUUUUCUUCAAAAAUAAAAAGAAACGAAAGUGAGAUCGUGAUUGCUGAAAUUGUGAGAGUCCUUGUCUGGAUUUGUGUGUGCAAUUAAUUCCCAUCAGAAUUGAAUUGUAUAACAACGUGAAAUAUUGAGAUAGGUGGGGAGAAGUGGUCCUUUGAUGCACUUUUUGUUCAAGACCAGAGCGUAUUUUUUAUUACCAAUUCUUCAUUUACUUGAUAAUGUAUAUUGCUUGUUCGAAACGUCGAAUAAUCAUAAUAAAAGUUCCAUUCGAAAGCUC